AUGGCGAGUGUGGCGAGGCACGGCAAGGUCGUGCCGAGGUCGCGGCGAGCUCGAAAAGAGGUCGCGGCGAGGGCGUCCUACAGCGGUGGUGUUUCUGCGAGGGAGCCUUCCUUCUUCCCCAAAUCGUUCUCGGUUCUGGUUCUUUCUCGUAAGGAGGGAAUGCGAGUUCGAAAUUAUGGCACAACCCAUCUCCGUGACGCGUGGAUUCGUUCGCUGAGCUUCGUUGCAUCUGCGUUGGGUUUGACCGUGAGGAAGUCCACCUUCGAGGAGCCAAUAGCCAGUGACGACGAACAGUGUGUGAAGGUGAAUGGAUUUUCUUGCAAGGCAGAGACGAAUGUGACAGAAGCUGAUUUCUUCUUUGCUGGUUUAGCCAAACCUGGAGUUAUCAACAACACAUUGGGAUCUUUGGUUAUUGCAGCCAAUGUGGAAAAAAUUCCAAGACUUAACACAUUGGGAGUGUCUUUCUCUAGAAUAGACUAUAAAGCUGGGGGACUUAACCCACCUCACACACGCCCUCAUGCCACUGAGAUUUUGUUUGUGUUGGAUGGUCAAUUAGACAUGGGGUUUAUCACCACAGCCAACAAGCUCAUCUCAAAGUCCAUUAAGAAAGGUGAAAUCUCUGUGUUCCCGAAAGGUUUGGUGCAUUCUCAGAAGAACAGUGGAGAUAAGCCUGCUUUAGUGCUUUCUGCUUUUAACAGCCAACUUCCUGCUUUUAACAACCAACUUCCUGCUUUUAGCAGCCAACUUCCUAGAACAUUUUUUGUAGUUGCAGCUCUAUUGCCCAAAAACCACUCUACUGCCUCGGUUUAG